CCACAGUGCUGCUAUAUAUAGACACUUUAAAUUCCACUUAGAAUAUAGAAUGGCUCUCGGAAACGCCACAUAACCCACAUUAUCAAUGAACUAAUUAUUUAUCCGCGCUUUUCAAAAGCAAAUCUUUGUUUUCACCAAUCAUUAUCAGACUGCAUUGUUACUCACUGUUGGAUGUUGUGCCCACUGCAUCAUCUUGUAGUACCGACCUGAAACGACUUUUUCCGGUCAAUAUAUGCUUAUAAAUACAAGACUCUUGAGUCAACUGUGUAUUUGAAGAUCAGAGAGCACAGAGUGAGGACUUCGUACAAAACAGUAAGUGUCAAAGUUACUGCCAUGUUGGACAAAUAUAUAAGUAGGCCUAUUAUAUAGUAAGAAUUUACAUCGUGAAGAAAUCAUGCAUGUUUGUUUCUAAAUUACCUUUCUAAACAUUACCUAAGCUUUUUUAUGGUUUACUCAGUUUUUGCGAUAAUGUACUGCAAUUUAAUAGGUUUGUCUACUUUGUUGAGUCGAAAGACGGAAUUUUCUAUUGCACCAGGCGACAGCCAAACCCAACUUGAUAUAUGUUAAGAAGCUUUGUUAAUUUUUCAUUAUGGGGUUUAUGUGUGUUUUUUUCACAGAAAGAUGUUUAACCGCUUUGUUUUAACAACCACUCUAAUUCUAGCAGGUAAAUUGUCAAUCAAUUUAUACAAGUCCGGCAUAGGUCAUCUGCAGUGUUCCCAGAAAGAACUCUUCUGCAUUACAAUAAGUUUAUAGUGUCAGCCGGCCCCUUAGUUUUAUAUAUAAAUUGUCAACUAAAAUUUGUUGAACUGCUGCCUAAACUUGUAGCUCCCUGCACUGUAAAUACCUAUAACAGUGCUAUAUAAUGCUAUCCUCCUAUCCUUCAGUUGGCUAUUGCAUGGUUGCAUUAAUUAUUUUAAAGAUUGAAAAUUGCCUGGAUUGGUAAAGGUCUGGUAAAGGUUUGGCCUUUAAAUGAAUUUGGCCAGCUUCAAACCUCAAACAUUUCAUGUGCUGAUUCAAAUAUAUCUUUAAUAUUAGAUUCAUUGCACUUGAUUGACUUGCAACGUGCCUGACCUUCGUCACAAUAUUAUAGUGGUAUCCGUUAAUAACAUUUUGACUUUUAUUGUUUAGGAUUGAUUGCUGUGACGACAGCACAGACGACAGCACAACCGCGAUCGUGUCAAAAUGAUGGAGUGAUCGUGGGCCGGGAUCGUUAUCCAAAAUGCCAUUGUAGCUCCGGCUUCAAGGGAUAUGACUGCAGUCUGAGAGGUAAGAGGCUUAAGAUACGAGAGUUUAAUGAUGUUUGAGUAUUGAGUUGCCACAGUUUAAAUACACAAUGGCGUGCUGGCACGGAGGGCAGGUGUCCACCCUCCCCCCCUCCUGUUGAAACGGAACCAACAUUGUUAAUUCCACUUAAAAAAUGGGCGAAUCAGUAAAGAAAAACCCCUUCUCCCCUCGACCGACAACGAUGGGCGGAUGUAAGCCUAGCUAUAGCUUUUGCCGACAAAAUGGGCGCGGUUUUGUUGUAGUUGGGGUGCGGUCAUCGCUGUUAUCGAAACUUGAUAAGAAAUAGGUAUAACUGAUGGAAAAUGAGCAUGUUGUUUUGGCCGACAGGUUCAUUCUUUGUGGAUGGAUGCCACGCCCUCGUUCGCUACGUGUCUGGGCUCACGAUUCACUCCCAUAGAGAAGUAGCACCUGAGCACAGCAGCAACUCUGGUGUGCACUUUACAGUGACGUAAUCUUAUCGAAUUAAGAAUCAGUGGACAAUUGGAUCAUAGUAUUGAAUAUUGAGUGACUAUGUUCAUCUUGUCUCUAGUGACUCCUUGUGAAGCAAAUCCUUGUAGAAAUGGAGGGUCAUGUUCAGAAAACAGAGAUGGAACAUUUACAUGUAAUUGUACAGCUUUAUACAAUGGCAUUUUGUGUGAGCAUCGAGGUAAGUAAGAGCUUUAAGUUUUUAUACGACAAAGCUUACAACCCUAACAGAAUAUUUUUCUUCCAGUUCGACCAUGUGACAGUGGACCCUGUAAAAAUGGAGGAAAUUGUACUGAUGAUGGAAUAAAAUGUUUCCAAUGUGAAUGUCCCCCCGGUUUCAAAGGACCAGACUGUUCUAAAAUUGGUAAGAUACAGGCUUAGUAUUUAGAUGGUACCAGCAUACUAACAUGCUCGGUUAUAUUAGUUGGAUAUCAUAAACUGUAAUGCUAAAAGCUGUAACCCAUGCACGGUUUUAAAAACCCUCCAGCUUUAAAGAACCAUGAUUGGUAUAGGAAGUUUUAUUGGUGAUCAUUAAUUAAAAGUUUCUUUAAUGUUUACACAUAUUUGUCGAAACAGUACUUUAUUUUGGGUAAAGUAACAAAUAAAGCAUGUAUAAUUUAUCUCAAUAAGUAUUGCGAUUGCCACGUGUAAAAAUUACGGGCCUGCUGUUUAACAGGAUUGAACAAUGUUGUGCGGUCCACAUUGUUCACAUUUGUGCCGCACACAUUGUUCAAUCCUGUUUUCAUCAAUGUUGCAACAACCUGAUCGUUUUUAGUUGUGUAGGCCAAGAUGUCGAUGCCGACGAUACCUGAAAGGUCAUAUAAUUCGGAAUUACACAGUAGGCCUACUAUAUACUAUAUCAUAGUGUAUGGUAUGCUGUAUAGUAUAAUGGUCCAUUAAUUUUGCAUUAUAGACUAAAUUCUGAUUUCGACAAAAAUUUCAUCACAACUUGAAAGAGCAUCACAAAAUUAGUAAUAUUCCAAAGUUUCGUUGCGAAAUGUUGUAAAAUGCGGAUAAUAUAGCCUUGCGAAGUUUGCAAUUUUCAGUCAUUUUGUAUUACAAACGGGAAAUUGAUGCCGUAAUACAAAAUGACUGAAAAACGGCAAAAUUCGCAAGGCUAUAUAUGAUCCGCAUUUUACAACAUUUCGCAACGAAACUUUGGAAUAUUACUAAUUGUGUGAUGCUCUUUCAAGCUGUGAUGAAUUUUUUGUCUAGACUUGUCUAGAUCAAAAUUUAGUCUAUAAUGCAAAUGGUCCAUUCAUAUAGAGAUAAAUCAGAUAACUAUACUCCUGAGUUAGUGCGCUCUUGUUUUGAAUAUUAAUUAGAAAUUAUGUUUUUUAUUUAGUUCAACCAUGUGAAAUUAAACCCUGCAAGAACAAAGGUGUUUGUGUGAAUAAACAAGGAGGAAAAUUCACAUGCAAGUGUAAGACGGGAUUUGGAGGAACAUUUUGUGAUAAGAGAGGUGUGUUCCAGCAAGCUGUUCAUUGGGGUUUUUGAAAUAACAAUAGUGAGCUUAAGCAAGCAACGUUUUUGUUAGCGCGGAAGUCACUCGAAAAUUAGUUUAAUUAAUUUUGGCGGCAUUGUGCCUCGUAGCGAUCGUGCGAAAGUAAAACAAUUUAAAAUCUUAUGUUUUGUCACAUGUGUUGAAGAUUACCACAAUCUGACACACAAGCAUCCUCCGCUUAGAAAUCUGAGGUCCGUGUUGACAAAAACGUCGCUCCCCAAUAGCAAUACUGAAUAUUCCAUGCAGUCAUUAUCCAAUGAUCGAGAUGCUCCUUUGUCGUUUCAUUCAGUCAAAAGUUAUACAUUUCCAGAAUUUGCAGUUUGAGUGCACAAGAAACAACUAGAUUUCAAGACUGACAUGACCCUACUGCAUGUAUAAAUUAUAUAGCCAAUAAGUUACAUUCAUGAAAAUCCGGAAAUGUUCUAUUCCGAAAUAAAAAUAUAUUAUAAAUAAAAAAACUAAAAUCGUAUAAAAAAAAAGGUCUCGUUAAAGUAAUUAAGUGUUUUGUUUUUAAUCAUUUUUUUCUGAUAUAAUCUUGAGGGCAAUUGAUGUUCAUGCAUUAUUCGUUACAGGCGGUCUAGCUGGCUCAGAAAUUUUGAAUCAGCAGCAAAACUACAUUGUUCAGUUGGACAAAUGGCUUGGUGGCGCAAAGUCGUGGAAGUUAUGUUACCGUGCUACGGAUCAUGGUUGGGCAUCAUCUACCUUCCAUUCUCGGUGUGAUUCUAAGAAACCGACUGUCACCAUCAUCCGAUCUCGAUCCUACAUCUUUGGCGCAUACAGCGAUGUAGCUUUUGGAGGUUAGUUUAUCACCGUUAUUUUAUGUAUAUCUUUGAAAUAAAAACAUGUAUAAUUCAAGCAAUUUAAAAUGAAAAUAACGCAUCAAACUUCUACACAGAAUUUUAUCGAUCUCGCUUUUUUCUCGAAACAUUUUGAUCCGUAAAAAUUACUCGAAGUUACAACCAACUUGAAUUAACAUUCACCCCAUUGGUAAUAUAUUACCAAUUUUAAAUUUUAUUCCUAACUCAAAUUUUGACCAGUGGUUGUCCGCAGCAUGAAAAGUGUAAGAGUGAGAAGUUACAUUUUGUUUAGACAUUCAAUGUUUAGACAUUCAAUGUAUUUCAGGUUUCAACUUUCUUUGCUUUUCAUUUUACUUUAGGUUCGACAGGUUAUAGAAGUAGUUCCAAUGCAUUUAUCUUCUCCUUCGUGAAUAAAGACAACGUCUCGCCCUUCAAAUCACCUGUCUACAGAUACAGUGCAAAUGCUUUAUACACCAGGUCUGCUUAUGGUCCCACAUUUGGUGGUGGUCAUGAUAUUUAUAUUGCAAAUAAUGCCAAUACAAAUACUAAUUCCUACGCAAACCUUGGGUAUACCUAUCGACCACCAAGCGGGUAUUCCUACAGCUCAACCAACACCAGGAAUCUUCUCGCUGGCACUCGGAAUUUCACACCGAACGAAGUUGAAACAUUUUAUCUUAAUUAACUUUUGAUUAAAUUUUCAUGACGUAGUUUAGUGCAUUUAGAAACACAGUAACUGAGAAAAUAACGUAAAUGAAUGCACUGCACAUGCAUUAGUGAAAUUAAAUACGAGUAUUUCCAAGUAUACGUACGAGUAUUUCAAUACUGUACUAUAGCUACUGUCAAUAAAUGUGCUGUAUUUAAGUAAUUUGAAUGAAUAAUAAUCAUUGUCUCAGAUAUAACGUG